AUGCGGGGCCCGGCGCUGCCGCUCGCCCGCCGUGCCGGGGCCGCGCUGGGGCUGGGCCGGGCGGUCGGGCAGGACCCGGGGCAGGUGAGAUGGGACUGGGGCUGUGGAUGGGGCUGGAGCCAGGCCGGGCGAGCCGGGGCCGGAAGCGCGGCGGGAGGGGCCCAGCCGCUUCCUGCGCGGGCCGUGCGAGGAAAAGACGGGAAAGAGGCGGCCCGUCCCGUUGGCGCUGCCCGUGUCCCUCCUCCGCAGCACCGAGUGUGCCCUGGGUUUCUGUACCCACGGCCGGCAGCUGCUCCGGCACUGACAGAGCUUUCCGUGGUGCCCGAGCUCUCUCCCGGUGCUGCUUUUGGAAGGAGCGCGGUGGGACGGGACGGGACGGGUGCUGGGUGCCCCGAGGGAGGGAAAUUGAGCCUGGAAAAGAAGGCAAAAGGGAAGCUCCAGAAGCAGAUCUGCCAGGUGGUUCUGGAUCACUUCGAGAAGCAGUACACGGCAGAGCUGGGAGAUGUAUGGAGCAGUGUCAGAGACGUGCUGACCUCACCGUGGUGCUGGCAGCAUGCCAUGCUGCUGAACAGGUUCAGCCAGAGCCCUGGCCUGGAGAGCAGCCUGGCUGAGCAGGGAUACCAUCCUGCCUUCCCAGCAGCCCUGCCCUACCUCCCUGCAGCCUUCAGGUGUUACACCAGGACAGCUCCUGGCAGAUUCCCUGCACAGAAGCACCAGCCUGGCAGGCUGAAGGAGUAUUACCUGCUCAAUGCUGCCUCGCUGCUGCCCGUGCUGGCCUUGGAGGUGAAGGAUGGGGAAGAUGUUCUGGAUCUCUGUGCUGCACCAGGGGGCAAAUCUGUAGCUAUCCUGCAGUGUGCCUGUCCAGGUCAUUUUCACUGUAAUGAAUAUGAUGAUUUGAGGUCAAGAUGGUUGGAGCAGACAAUAGAAUCCUUCAUCCCUGAUCCUAUUAUUAACUUGAUAACAGUCUCUAAACUGGAUGGUAGACAGAUUGGAGAUCUUCAGCCUGAAUUUUAUGACAAGGUCCUGGUUGAUGCUCCUUGUUCAAAUGACAGAAGUUGGCUCUUCUCUGCUGACCCUCAGCAAGCUGUGCUCAGGCUCAUGCAAAGGAAGGAGUUGUCCUCCCUGCAGUUCCAGCUCCUAAGGUCUGCUGUUCAAGCCCUGCGUCCUGGUGGCUCCUUGGUCUAUUCCACGUGCACCCUCUCCAGGGCAGAAAACAGUGAUGUGAUCAAUCUCAUGCUGAGCUCCUGCAGGAAUGUGAUGCCUGUAGAUAUAAGUGGACUGGCCAGAGGUGUUUCCCAGGAAUUCACUUUUCUCAGUGGAAUGCAGCAGCAUGAACUGCUGGUUCUCCCAGAGAAAGGGAGAGCGUGGGGUCCCAUGUAUGUGGCUAAAUUAAAGAAAGUGUCCUCUAGCUGAUGCCUGUUGGUAAUGAACAGUAUAUGAUGAAUUAAUAUUGAUUUAAAUACAGUAUGUGAACACAUCCAAGGCAACUGAAUUUAGAGUGUUGCAGUUUCCUGAUCAAAAGGGAGCAAGAAAUUUAACUUAUUUGAACUUAAAAUACUGAAUGUGCCUUCCAGCAUGAGCAUGUGAGCCUCUGAGAAGUCCUUAGGAAGUUUGUAUAGUUUUCAAGGUGGUGCUUUUAAAGGGAUUUGGAUUCUAGAGUUGGGGCUUAAUGUGGUAGAGUUUUGCACUGGUUUUGGUUUAUUUAUUUACUAACUUGGUUCUUAUACAGCUUGUUUAUAAUAAAUGGUUUUCAGUGGUCUGAA